UCAACAUCAGUUUAUGCCCUGACCAUGGCGUGGCAGCAUUGGAUGCGGUGUUCCAAAAGGCUUGUGGACUUAUUUGGAAUAAUCUCUUUUUCCCCCUGUGGAAUCAAGGAGAAUAUACAGGCAAAAGGAUCCAUUUUUUUGGUCUUAGCUCCAUGGCCAUUGUGUGACCUUGGGCAGGUCAUUUGAUGCUCAGUUUCCUAAUAUCCUAAUAGAAAUAUUAAUACCUAUCUUGAUUACUUCACAGGGAAUUUAGGAGAAAAAUUAAAAUAAUGGACAGGAAAGAACUUUGAAAGUUAUAAACGACUGCACAGAGGAUUAUUAUGAUGACGAAGUUCAUCAUCAGCAUUGUCACCACCGUCAUCAUCAUCUUUACCACAUCAGUACAUUGAUUCCAGCAUAUUUUCUGAGGUUUCCAAGCCUCAGAAAAGGUCAUCUAAAAAGAGAAUGGAAGGGCUUCAGAGGAGCAGAUAUGGAACUAUAGUUGAAGGCGGAGAAGAUAACCAGUUUGCAACAUCGUCCUCAUUGAGAAUCGUCUUGGUGGGCAAAACAGGCAGUGGAAGGAGUGCCACAGGGAACAGCAUCCUCUGCCAGCCAGUGUUUGAGUCCAGGCUGGGGGCCCAGUCCGUGACCAGGACGUGCCAGAAGGCAACAGGCACCUGGAACGGGAGGAACAUCCUAGUGGUUGACACGCCCUCCAUCUUUGAGGCAAACGCCCAGACCCAAGAGAUAUACAAGGACAUUGGCGACUGCUACCUGCUCUUGGCCCCAGGGCCCCAUGUGCUGCUGCUGGUCACCCAGCUGGGGCGCUUCACUGCCCAGGACACAGUGGCAGUGAGGAGGGUGAAGGAGAUCUUUGGGGCAGGAGCCAUGAGACACAUGGUCGUCCUCUUCACCCACAAGGAGGACUUAGACGGUGGGUCCUUGGAUGAUUACAUAGCAAACACGGACAACCACAGCCUAAGGAUCCUGGUCCAGGAGUGCGGGGGGAGGUACUGUGCCUUCAACAACCGGGCCACCGGGGAGGAGCAGAAGGAGCAGCUGGCCCAGCUGAUGGCCGUGGUCGAGAGGCUGGAGAUGGAGCUUGAAGGCACCUUCCACAGCAACGACCUCUUCUUUGAUGCACAGAUGCUCCAGCGAGGGGGGGCCAGGGCAUAUGGAGGAGACCAUGUGCGCUACCUGGCCAAGGUGCAGCUGCAGGUUGAAAAGCAAAGCCGAGACCUGAAAGAGAGUGAGAGUAACUGGGCGUUCAAGGCGCUCCUCAGAGCCAAAAACUGGAUGAUUUCUCACAUGGGAAUAUCUGCUGUUCUUGUCAUAUGCCUUUUGAUUUUUCUUGCUGUUUUAAUUAACCUGUGUAUUACUCAUGGACACUGAGCAUUUUCUGACGAGUUCUACAAUCAGCUUUAUUUUUUUCAGAGACACCAUCUCUGUCUGUCUGUGUGGUACUUUAUUUGCUUUUUACAUAAUUUCACUUUCAUUUUCUCCUCCUUGCAUCAGACAUGUCAUCCAUUUUCUCUAAGUGCUUUCAGGUAAAUAAAA